AUGGUGCUCAAACCGUCGUCAUCGUCAAAACUACCGGCACGGACUGCUUCCACCGCCCAACUGACGCCGAAACCAUGGUACAAACACGUCACUCUCGACCUGCUACUUUUGAUCCUGGCAAACUCGGUCUUUCACCCGUGGAUCACGCUGGUUUUUUACCUGUGUUUGGCGUCGGUGCACAAGCACAAGACGCCCCUGGCGUACUACACGCUCUAUUACACGGCGGUUCUGGCCGUCGUGGAGCUGUCCAUCUGGGUGAAUCACCGGUUGACGUACGGCAAGCACCGCGCCGUCAAUUGGGAGGAUGAAGUCGUGGUGAUCACGGGCGGGGCGCAGGGGUUGGGGCGGACAUUGGCCGAAAUGGUCAUGCGGAAGGGAGGCAAGGUCGCCGUGCUGGACGUGCAGCAGGUGGAUGAGGAAGCGAGCGAGGAGAUGGAGAGGUGGGAUUUCGUGUGGGAGCGGGUCGAUGUUACGGACGAGGUGCAAGUCAGGGGCGCCGUGGAGAGGGUGGUGCAAGAGCUCGGUUCUCCUACGAUCCUCAUCAACAAUGCCGCAGGUUCUGUCACAGGGCUACCUGUAGUUCCCGCCGACAAUGUAACGACGCUCUCGUCCCGCCAGGCUACCAGGACUCUCACGACGAAUACGCUCUCCCACUUCACAACCCUCUCGGUGAUUCUACCGUACCUCAUCUCCUCGCCCCAGGGGGCACAUAUAAUCACCAUUUCGUCCAUCCUGGCUCAUCUCUCCCCCGCCCGUCUGGCCGACUACUCGUGCUCCAAGGCCGCCAUCUCGUCCCUCCACAAUACACUUUACCAGGAACUGCUGACCCAUCCGGACUCGAGCGUCUUCUCCCGCGUCAAAACUCUGCUGGUCGAGCCAGGAAUGCUCUCCACGCAGUUAUUCUCCGACAUUACGCGUGUGCCAUGGUAUGCCAACUUCUUCGGGCCCGUGCUGGAGGCCAAAGACGUGGCCAAGGAAAUUUUACGCUGGGUCGAGCGAGGCGACGGCGGUGUGAUUCGGAUGCCCUUCUACGCAAAGUGUGUGCCCAUGUUGGGGGUCAUGCCGGGAAUUCUGCAGUGGGGCGUGAGGUGGUGGAGUGGGAUUGAUCGCGCGAUUGUUGGGAGGCAGAAAAAGGCGUGA